AUGAACGACGUCUCAUUUUAUCAGGAGAUCCAACGGCUGCUGGAUUCAGGGAAGCAGCUCUCAGUGACUGACUGUUCAGCUCUGGCCUUCAUGCUGCAGAUGUCAGAGGUUCUGGAUGAGUUGGACCUGGAGAAGUACAACACAUCAUGGGAUGGACGACAGAGACUGUUUCCAGCUGUGAGGAACUGCAGAAAGGCUCGACUUGGUGGCUGUUUGCUCCAAAAGGCUGAAUGUGAAGUUUUGGCCUCGGCUCUGAAGUCCAACCCAGAUCUGACUGAACUGGAAAUAAAUCAGAUCGACAUAAAUGGAGGUGGAGACUCUGAUCUGAAGCCUCUGGUUGAGAUCCUGGAGAGUUCAGUUAGUAAAGUGAAGAUUCUGAGAUUGUGGGGCUGCAGUUUGUCAGAGGCCAGCUGGACUUCUCUGUUCUCAGCUCUGAAGUCCAAACCGACCCAUCUGACAAGACUGGACCUGAGCAGCACCAACCUGGAAGGUUCUGGAGUGAAGGAGCUCUGUGGUUUUCUACAGACUGAAGGCUGCAGACUGGAGGCAUUGAUAUUGAAUUGGUGCAGGUUGUCAAAGAUCAGCUGUGAUUUUUUGGCCUCAACUCUGAAGUCCAACCCGACCCACCUGACAGAACUGGACCUGAAAGGAAACAACCUGAAGGAUUCAGAUGUUCAGCAGCUGAAGAAUCUUGUAAAGACUUUAAAGUUCUGAUCUCUGUGAAGUAGAAAAUGGUCUCAGUGUCCUGCUGAUCCUCAGAGGUUGAAGCUGCAGCAGUUUGAGUCUAAAGAGACUCUGACUGGAUCAUGAUGAUGACCUCUGACCUCCAAGGUUUUCCUCCCCUUUUAUUUUCUCGUGUCUGUCAUUUAGUGUCUGAUAUUGUUUGUCUCUUUGGAUCAAUAAAGAUCCAAUUCAAACUGGGCUCCAUUUAGAGGCUUCAUGGAGUUUUGAUCUGAACUGGAUUCAACUGGAAAGUUGAUCUUUUUUCUCUCUGAUUCAUUUUCAUCCUGGAACCAGAAAUGGUCUGAGAAUGAAAGACACUUCAAACCUCUUUUCUCUGCUGCUUCUUCCUUCUGCUGACAUGAAAAUGUUCCUCAAAGCGCCACAGAUAAAAAGAUGCUUUACUGGAAACUGCAGAGAAACUUCAGCUUCCAUCAGAGAAACCAGUUUAACCAGUUUAGAACUGGAUGUCCUACAGAAACUCUGAUCUUAGAUCAGUUUUCAGGAACAUGUGGAACCUGGAAAAAAAAAGAUUUUAUAUAUUUUAUGUUCAUUGUAAAAACUAAAUCUUGAAGUUUGACGUCAUCAUUGAUUCUCAGCUUUAAUUUCUCUGUUUGUUUUGGUUUUUACUUUUUUAACUCCAUAUUUCAUGUUUUGAGUUUUCUAGAGAACUUCAGGCUCUUUACUGUGAUUUUACUGAUUUAUUCAAACCUCAGAGAAUCACUGGGAUAAUGUGCUGAUUGGUUCAUGUUUGAUUUUCAUAAUUCUUCUAAUGCAAUGUGGGUUGCUGGAUGUUUAACGACCAAAUAAAGUUUUUUAAAAAUC